CCGUGGCAACCACAAACCAAGCGUCCAAAAUGUCGACUUUGCUGGGGAAAAGUUUAUUUGAAGUCAGUGGUCAAGGUCCUGCACCCAAUAAAGACUUCUUCCAAUUUUCUGUAACCAAGACAGAGGUUAUUUGGAGAUGGUGGAAGAUUUCUUUGAGAAGUGAUGGUAGGAACACAAAGCCAGGAGAACUGAGGGAGUCUCACAAUGACUACUUGGAUGACAGCCUGCUUCAGAGUCAGGUGAGUGUGGUGUUUGGCCCACGGAUCCUUCAGUACAGCCAGGCACUAUGUCAGGGCCACUAUGACUACCUGGAGCGUCUGCCCGACCCCCUGCUUCUCCACAUCCUGACCCAUCUGGAACUGGAGGAUGUGGCACGGCUUGGACACACCUCACACAGGUUCAGGAAGCUGUGUCGUUCGGAGGAGUUCUGGGAGCAAGCGGUGCGCGGCCACUGUGGCGCCGUGUCGGCCGAGGUGGAGGCCCUGGCCCUAGAGCUGGGCUGGAAGAGUGUCUUCUUCACCAGCAAGUUGCAGCUGCAGAAACAGAUCAGCCGCAGGAGGAAGAGGAGCCAGAAGCUACUCUGUACAGACCCGGAGCGCUAUGAUGUAGACACAAUGGUGGAGCGCAGUGAAGACCCAGAGAGCCACGCUGCAGAUAGAGAGCCAGGUUCUGAGUCGGGCCCUGGGCCGGAGCAGCUCUGUACAGACAUGCAGCGCUGUGGGGUGAUUGCGGGUCAGGGUCAUGGUGUGGCACAGGGGGACUGGAGCUCUGAUUCAGGGAGCUCACUGAAAUGACUUUUGUUUUAUCUUUACACUCUAAAUAGGAUCCUUGAGGUUUCCAUGCUGAGGAAUAGAGGACGGCUUGAUUUUGGGUGGAGACAGUACAAGUUGUUUUAGAUACAAAUAUGAUGACUAUUGAAUGUUUGAUGAAUUCAUGUUAGUUAUGCUUCUUGUCUUUCAAACAAUACAGUGGCUGUGUUGUGUUGGAAGACAGUUUCUCUCAUAGACAGUUGCCUGGCAGCAAAUGAUGUUGUGUCAAUGGCUGGAGAUGUUAACAUGUACUUUUACCCGCUGUUGUGUUGUACAUGUGCCAUAAUCUUUUUCCUUAUACAAUUUAGCACGAGCAGAACAAUAGCAUUCAGUGGAAUGAUUCAGGGAGGGCACGUUUGGUAAAAAUAAAAGGAUAAA